CGCAGAGCCGAAGCGCUGGCAGCUGCGGGCGCCCAGGCGCGAGCUGCCCGGCGGGUGGAGCGGAGCGCGGUGCGGGCUGCGGGACGCCGCUGGGCCGGAGCGCGGGGACAGCACAUGGUUUGGGACUUCCACGUUGCGACAUGGAUGAGUCUUCAGUGAUGCUCGGCACAAUAGAUGUUUCUUAUCUGCCCAGUUCUUCAGAAUACAGCCUUGGCCGAUGUAAACACACAAGUGAGGACUGGGGCGACUGUGGGUUCAAACCCACUUUCUUCAGGUCCGCCACGCUGAAGUGGAAGGCGAGCCUCCUGAGCCGCAAGAGGCCCUUCGUGGGGAGGUGCUGCUCUUCGUGCACGCCACAGAGCUGGGAAAGGUUUUUCAACCCCAGUAUUCCAUCUCUGGGUUUGCGGAACGUUAUUUAUAUCAAUGAAACUCACACAAGACACCGAGGAUGGCUGGCGAGACGACUUUCUUACAUCCUUUUUGUUCAAGAGCGGGAUGUCCACAAGGGCAUGUUUGCCACCGGUGUUACUGAAAAUGUACUGAACAGCAGCAGAGUCCAAGAGGCGAUUGCUGAAGUGGCUGCUGAGCUGAGCCCCGAUGGGUCCGCCCAGCAGCAGUCCAGAGCCAUACAGAAGGUGAAGAAGAAGGCCAGGAAGAUCCUUCAGGAGAUGGUCGCCACGGUCUCGCCGGGCAUGAUCAGGCUGACUGGCUGGGUGUUGCUAAAGCUCUUCAACAGCUUCUUCUGGAACAUUCAGAUUCACAAGGGUCAACUUGAGAUGGUUAAAGCUGCAACUGAGACGAAUCUGCCGCUCCUGUUCCUGCCAGUGCACAGGUCCCACAUCGACUACCUGCUGCUCACCUUCAUCCUCUUCUGCCACAACAUCAAAGCGCCGUACAUCGCCUCGGGCAACAAUCUCAACAUCCCCAUCUUCAGUACUUUGAUUCACAAGCUUGGGGGCUUUUUCAUAAGACGGAGACUCGAUGAAACCCCAGAUGGACGCAAAGACAUUCUGUACAGAGCAUUGCUUCAUGGGCACAUGGUCGAGCUGCUCCGACAGCAGCAGUUCCUGGAGAUCUUCCUGGAAGGCACGCGCUCCCGGAGCGGGAAGACCUCCUGUGCUCGCGCUGGGCUGUUGUCAGUGGUAGUGGACGCUCUGUCCUCCAACACCAUCCCUGACAUACUUGUCAUACCCGUGGGCAUCUCAUACGACCGGAUAAUCGAAGGCCACUACAAUGGGGAGCAGUUGGGCAAGCCCAAGAAGAACGAGAGUCUCUGGAGUGUGGCAAGAGGCGUCAUCAGAAUGCUGCGGAAGAACUACGGAUAUGUCAGAGUGGAUUUUGCACAACCAUUUUCCUUGAAGGAAUAUUUAGAAAGCCAAAGUCAGAAACCUGUGUCUGCUCCCCUUUCUCUGGAGCAAGCACUGUUACCAGCUAUCCUUCCUUCAAGACCUAAUGACGCUGCUGCUGAACAUCAAGACUUGUCCAGUAACGAGUCCAGAAACAUGGCGGAUGAAGCCUUUCGAAGAAGAAGGCUGAUUGCAAACCUGGCUGAGCACAUCCUCUUUACUGCCAGCAAGUCCUGUGCUAUCAUGUCUACACACAUUGUGGCCUGCCUGCUCCUCUACAGACACAGGCAGGGAAUCCAUCUCUCCACAUUGGUGGAAGACUUCUUUGUGAUGAAGGAGGAAGUCCUAGCUCGUGACUUUGACCUGGGCUUCUCUGGGAAUUCAGAAGAUGUUGUCAUGCAUGCCAUUCAGCUUCUGGGAAACUGUGUCACAAUCACCCACACCAGCAGGAAAGAUGAAUUUUUUAUUACCCCCAGCACAACUGUCCCAUCGGUCUUUGAACUCAACUUCUACAGCAAUGGGGUACUUCAUGUCUUCAUCAUGGAAGCCAUCAUAGCCUGUAGCCUUUAUGCAGUUCUGAAUAAGAGGGGCUCCGGAGGGUCUGCUGGAGGCCCUGGCAGCCUGGUCAGCCAGGAGCAGCUGGUGCAGAAGGCUGCCAGCCUGUGCUAUCUUCUCUCCAACGAAGGCACCAUUUCUCUGCCCUGCCAGACUUUUUAUCAAGUUUGUCACGAGACAGUCGGGAAGUUCAUCCAGUACGGCAUUCUCGUGGUGGCCGAGCAAGAUGACCAGGAAGAUGUCAGUCCUGGCCUUGCAGAACAGCAGUGGGACAAGAAACUUCCAGAACCUCUGAAUUGGAGAAGUGAUGAGGAAGAUGAAGACAGCGAUUUUGGUGAGGAGCAGCGAGAUUGCUAUCUGAAGGUGAGCCAGUCCAAGGAGCACCAGCAAUUUAUCACCUUCCUUCAGAGGCUGCUGGGGCCCUUGCUCGAGGCCUAUAGCUCUGCCGCCAUCUUCGUUCACAGCUUCAGUGGUCCAGUCCCCGAGUCCGAGUACCUGCAGAAGCUGCACAGGUACCUCAUCACCAGGACGGAAAGGAACGUUGCUGUGUACGCUGAGAGUGCCACAUACUGUCUUGUGAAGAACGCUGUGAAAAUGUUUAAAGAUAUUGGGGUUUUCAAAGAGACCAAACAAAAGAGAGUCUCUGUUUUAGAACUGAGCAGUACUUUCCUACCUCAGUGCAGCCGGCAGAAACUCCUAGAAUAUAUUCUGAGUUUUGUGGUGCUGUAGGGAUCUCACAGCACAUGUCUCGAGCGAGGAGCUGAUGAGGCCCUUGCAGGCUCCAGUCUGACCCAGAGUGACCAGUGUCCUGGUGUGGCCCAGCCUGCCUUCCCCCAAGGAGACUUCCAGGAAGACACGUGCCUUCUGCCCCAGUGGACCUGCACUCCUCCCAACACAGACGCAGUGGCCUGUGCAGAGACUGGGGCCAGUGCCAUCUGCGAUUCAUGAUCACUAGGUGACUAGGUGAAAUCUCAGUAAGUUAUUUCGGAGUUUAUUAAAGAUUCACAUUUUAAGUAUGACUGUUCAGAAAUAGUUCUGUGAUGGACACAGAGGUGUAUGUAGAACUGACUCCUGUGUAGUGUGAAAUAAUGUUUCCUUUCAAAGAAUUGGGUCGUCCAUUCUCUGUCUCCGUCUUAUUCUGCCAACAGAAGCUCUGGUUUGUAUGUGAGCCCUUUCCUCUCAAGUGCAUUACUAAGGAGUGAUGAUGCCCUGGGCUGGCGCAUUCAAAACACGCUUGAAUAGCUAGCUGCCUGAAAGCAGACGAUACUGUGUAGGCCGGGAACUGAAAUACUGUGAAGACA